UGUAGCUUCUGCACUUUACUUCUGUGUCCUCGCGCAAAAUGGACCCCGAGUUGAAGCGUCAGCUUCUUGACCGCAGCGAGCAGCUGGGUCUUCGGUCAUUCGAAGACACGCCGCGGAGGACGGCUGCCGACAACGACGACGGCGCACCGCCCGAACCUCCCGAGCCUUCGGCGCGCUUGGACGACACCCGCUGGUGCCUCUGCGGCCGCUGCCAGCUAAUGCCGACAGCCCGCGAGUGCGUCUGCUGCCUGGAGGUUCCGAAGGUCGCCUCCAAGGCUGGUAACCGCUGCAUCACCGAUCACUCCGACUUUUUCGGUGGCAUCCUGAAUCCAGUCGUGCUCCAGAUCGCCUACCGGAUGAGGGCGAUGGAGCUAAAUGACAUGGAGCUCAUCGGACAGAGGAGCACCCAUAAGAAGUACCGGUAUGUGGCGUACCGGCAGUUUGUCUGGUGGAUCUGGCGCCGCCUUGGCAGAGGGCACUGGAUGGUCUUGCCAGCUUGUGUUGUACAGGCUAUUCAAAACAUGUAUCCAUCUGAUGAAUACCGGGGCUUUGAAGCUCUGUGA